AUGACGGAGUCACGGCAGACUCAGUACAAAAAUAUGGGAAAAGACAGCGAGGCUCUGCGAAAGAAUCGCGCAGAAAACAUUAUUUCGAUCCGCAAAGAUAAAAGAGAAGAAACUUUAUCAAAAAGGCGUAAUAUACCUUUUGAGUCAUUAGAAUCUGAUGAUGCAUCAACUAGUGCUGGUAGUGCAUUUCUCAACGGAGCUUUCAAUCGUACUACUCUAGAAGACAUAGUCAAACGAGCUAACAGUCAAGAUCAAGAGAUUCAGUUAUCUGCCGUGCAACAAGCUCGGAAAUUGCUUUCAUCUGAUCGUAAUCCGCCAAUUGAUGAUCUGAUUGCAUCUGGUAUUUUGCCGAUAUUGGUUCACUGUUUAAGUUCGAGCAACGUGACACUUCAGUUUGAAGCAGCGUGGGCACUAACAAAUAUUGCAUCAGGAACUUCACAACAAACACAAGCUGUCGUUCAGGCUGGUGCUGUGCCGCUGUUUUUGGAACUUCUUUCUUCAGGCAAUAUGAAUGUCUGCGAACAAGCUGUUUGGGCUCUUGGAAAUAUUAUUGGUGAUGGACCUCAUUUCCGCGAUUAUUGCAUUCAGCUUGGAAUUGUUGAACCGUUACUGAAAUUCAUCACACCAGGCAUCCCGAUAGGAUUCCUUCGUAAUGUCACUUGGGUAAUCGUGAACUUGUGUCGAUCUAAGGAUCCUCCACCGUCACCAGAAAUUGUCCAAACUCUUUUGCCUGCUUUGGCAGCCCUGAUAAGUCAUGUAGACCAAAACAUCUUGGUUGAUACAGUAUGGGCAUUAUCAUAUCUAACAGAUGGCGGAAAUGAACAAAUUCAGAUGGUCAUUAAUAGUGGCGUUGUAACAAAUUUGGUACCACUCCUCGCACAUCCUGAAAUAAAGGUGCAAACCGCAGCUUUGCGUGCUGUAGGCAACAUUGUUACUGGAACAGAUGAACAGACGCAGCUGGUACUGGACUGUGGUGUCUUACAGCAAAUGCCUGCAUUGUUAACACAUCAAAAAGAGAAAAUCAAUAAGGAGGCUGUUUGGUUUUUGUCAAACAUAACGGCUGGAAAUCAAGCACAAGUACAAGCUGUUAUCGAUGCUGGGCUUAUCCCAAUGAUCAUUCAUUUACUACAGAAAGGAGAUUUUCAAACGCAGAAGGAAGCAGCAUGGGCAGUCUCGAAUGUAACAAUCAGUGGGCGUGCUGAUCAAGUAGAAUAUAUGAUUUCACAGAAUGUUAUCCCACCGUUUUGUGCUCUCCUCUCCAUACGUGAUCCACAAAUCGUGCAAGUUGUUUUGGAUGGUGUAAACAAUAUUCUUAAAAUGGCUGGUCCUCGCUCGGAAGCAGUUUGCACAAUGAUUGAAGAAUGUGGAGGUCUCGAUAAAAUCGAGCAUUUGCAAAACCAUGAAAGUGAAGAAAUCUACAAAUUAGCUUAUGAAAUUAUCGAUAAUUACUUUUCGGAGAACGGUGAUGAUGGGAUAGCAGGAGAUCACUUCUUUGAAUCAUCUCAGCAGAACGUGCCGUCUGAGGGCUUUUCGUUUCAGUAA